CCCCGGAAGUGACGCAGCGCGGACCUCUGAGCCUCAAUGCGGGCUGUGCCGCACUCAAACGGGUCCGGGCUGCCGGGGGGGGUCCUUGAGGGCAUGGCCGAGGGGGACCCCAAAGCGGACCCCAUAGAGCCGGGGGGGACCCCAAUGGGCGACGGACGAGGCCUCCCCCGGCCCCGGCGGCCUCAGGCCCGGACCGUGGUGAGGAACAGGAGGUUUGCGGCCCUGCAGGAGCUGAGGAGGGGGGGUCAGUACUUCAGCGAGCAGGAGAUGCGCGCCCGUGAGCCCCUCCUCUACCAGCACUACAUUGGGCAGUACCAAGAGGGGGGGGGGGACGGACCCCCCCCCGGACCCCCACUUUGGGGGCGCCCCCCCCUCCCUCUCGGCCCUACUGCUGCGCUCCAUGGAGGAGGAGGCCCUACAGCAGCGGCUGAGCCUACAGCGCCUGCGGGAUGGGGGGGCUCCCUAUGGAUACGGAUCCCACCUCUAUGUCCCCAUCUUCCCCAGAUGAGGACGGGGACCCCUCCCCCCCCCACAUCCCGGACGCAUCCGAACGGGAACUGCUCCGAGCUGAGUUCCUGUCCCGCAUGGAGCAGAGCUUCCUGGAGGGGCAGGACCGGGAGUUCGACUACAGCCAGGUGGACGGGAAUGCUGACCUGGAUCUCGGGAUCAUUGCUGAGCGGGAUGCUGAGGAGCGUUACUUCGAUGCAGAGGAGCCCAGCGCUGCCCCCCCCCUGCAAUAAAGGGGGGACCCCCCCCAAAUCCCCCCCAUUGCUGUGGGAUUGGGGUGAGAAAGGGGGUUUGGGGUAAA